GCUAGGGAAAGGUAUCUUGCGUUUACACGGGUAACAAGAGAAGUUUGGGUGGUCUGGGAAAUCGAGUGUACAAACAAGCGGACAUUUUUCGAGUAGCGAAGUUAAAGAAAGUCUUAUUCACCGAAUUGCCUGUCAGACAUCAAACGCAAACCAGUGAUCGGAGUUCUGUGAGAUUUUCCGUUGAAUCUUUUCUUCGUGUCAGCACAGAACAGAAAGUUAGCUUGUCUGCUGCCAUGAGUUUCCUUUUCGGAAAUCGUUCCUCAAAGACCUUCAAGCCAAAAAAGAACAUUCCAGAAGGCUCCCACCAGUAUGACCUGCUGAAACACGCAGAGGCCACUCUGGGCAGCGGGAAUCUGCGGCAGGCCGUCAUGCUGCCGGAGGGAGAGGAUCUCAACGAGUGGAUCGCUGUUAACACCGUGGAUUUCUUUAACCAGAUAAACAUGCUGUACGGCACCAUCACAGAGUUCUGCACGGAGAUCAGCUGCGUCAUCAUGUCCGCAGGGCCCAGGUACGAGUACCACUGGGCCGACGGCACCAACAUUAAGAAGCCCAUCAAAUGCUCCGCCCCCAAAUACAUCGACUACCUGAUGACCUGGGUGCAGGACCAGCUGGACGACGAGACUCUCUUCCCCUCCAAGAUCGGAGUGCCCUUCCCCAAGAACUUCCUGUCCGUGGCGAAGACCAUCCUGAAGAGGCUGUUCAGGGUCUACGCCCACAUCUACCACCAGCACUUUGACUCAGUCAUGCAGCUGCAGGAGGAGGCCCACCUCAACACCUCAUUCAAACACUUCAUCUUCUUCAUACAGGAAUUUAACCUGAUAGAUCGGAGGGAGCUGGCUCCACUGCAGGACCUGAUAGAGAAGCUGGGCUCCAAGGACAGAUAGGCCCCUGAGCCUGGAUCUCUCUGUGACUCCCCCCUGUAAAAGUGUCAUUCUCUGGAUCUCCCUGUAAAAGCUCCUCCCUGUAAAAGGGUCAGUGCCUGCUCCUCCCUGUAAAAGGGUCUGUCCCUGAUCCUCCCUGUAAAAGGGUCUGUCUGUGAUCCUCCCUGUAAAAGGAUCUGUCUGUGCUCCUCUCUGUAAAAGGGUCUGUCUGUCAUCCUCCCUGUAAAAGGGUCUGUCUGUCAUCCUCCCUGUAAAAGGGUCUGUCUGUGAUCCUCCCUCUAAAAGGAUCUGUCUGUGCUCCUCCCUGUAAAAGGGUCUGUCUGUGAUCCUCCCUGUAAAAGGAUCUGUCUGUGAUCCUCCCUGUAAAAGGAUCUGUCUGUGAUCCUCCCUGUAAAAUGAUUACAUAUUUUUUCUGAUGUCCAAAAAUAUUUUUCACAUCCAGUUUUUAUUACUUUAUUAGAAUGAAAAAGCAAGACUCUAAAGCAAGUUUGGUGUCACUUUUAUGGACAGAAUUUCUGUUUUUGUUUUAAUUACUUUUAAGAAGUAUUUUUAAAUGUUUCAUACAGGGGUUCCCGGUUCAUAAAUUGCACUGAUGGACAGUGUAUGUCACGUAUGUCAAAGGUAUCAUUUCUAUUAGGGAUUCCUCAACUGGGACCAACUUUUGCCUAUAUACAUCAGAGGCAAUACAGUCCAAGCCAUUUUUGAUUUUAGUAUUAAAUGAUAUUAUGGAUGUUUUUUUUUUUAAAUCUUAUUUUCCCUCCUCAUUGUAAUAAUUUUACAUUUGGUGUUUUUUGCACAAGAAUUCAGUUUCAUGAGUUUAUCAUGCGGUCAAACAAUUUCAUAGUUUUUAUUUAUUUUUUAUCCUGAAUUUUUUUUAAAAAUGACUGUGUGUAAUAAAAUACUUUAGGUUUUCUUACUCAAAUUACUGGGUAUACUUAAUUACCAAAAUGUAUAUCAUUUUCAGGUAUAAAAUGUUUAUCAGUCAAACCUUUGGAUUGUAUAUUCAUAGAACAAAGUGUAGUUCGUGAUGAGUUGUACUAGUCGGACGAUUCAUGUCAGAAGAAAGUUAUGAAUCUGGUUGUGAGGUGUGGACUUCUGUGCAGGGGACACAACUAAAUGUGAAUUCAUUACUUUGAGUUACGUUUAAUGUAAAACUUGAAAUGCCUUUCUAAGUGUAUGUAAUGUAAACUAUUUCUUUAUUAACCGAAAAUGCACCACAUUUGAGCUGAAAAAUGAAUAUUUUAACACUUGAGAGUACAUGAAAGUGUUAAUUCGGCGAGCAAGGGACUGUAGUAUAUUUUGUUUUAAAUGUGUGGUACAUAAGCAGAAUAUUUUAAAGACGUGUAAUAAAGAAUGUAUCUUUAAAAAAAUGUUACAGUAAUAUAAUUGAACUUUUCUGAAAUAAAUAUGGGCAAAAUAAAA